UCUGCCUGCACCCCAAAAGUCAUCCCACCCAAGAAGUAAAGAGGGCUUGUUGCACUCUAGCUGCCUGAAAUUUUUAUUGAAUAAAAGCUCUGGAUACAGAGGAAUUUAUCAGCCUGGGAGCUGCUCCCAGCUCUCCAGCCCUGCCAGGAGCAGGAUGCGUGGAAGGAAGGCUGCUGUGCCAGCAAGGAGGUUUCUUCCUACCUUCCCAAGGGUUCAUUGCCCAGGUCUGUGCCUCCCCCCGUGCUCACACUGUUCCCUAUGCCUUGCUGGCUGUAAGUUCACAGCCCGGCUCAGUAAUCUGCUCUGUAAACUGACCCCACCCCGGCAGGCAGAGCCCAGCCCACGGAGGAGGGGUUUGUGCAUGGCAGUGGGUGUCCAGACCCAGGCCCUUGGGGCAGAGCUGCCUGCUCUGGUCCCAGGAACUGCCCGUGCCAUGGGGACACACCUGCUGCUGUACCGUUGCUCGGGUGCCACCACCCUGCCCCAGCCCUGCCAGGCUGAAGCCACAACCGUGCCCUGUGCUUUCCUGUCAAGCUGCCCCCGUGGCAGGAGAGGCAGCGUGGUGCCUGCUGCAGCCCCUGGGAGAGAAGGGACUCCCUGCCCUCCUCACCAGGAUGGCUCCUGCCUUGCCUGCUCCAAAGCAGCCCUGCAUGGGAAGGGAAAAGAAGCAGGAAUCCUGAGUGAGCCCUCCAUUUCCCAGCACUGAGCACCAAGCUGCCACAGGGACUGGCAGCUUUACCUGUGCCAGGGAACAUCCCCGCCGAGGCAGGGGUGAGGUGUCACACACAUCUGGAGCAGCUGCUCCCCAGGGACAAGACACUACGGACAAUCCAGGACUAAGGAAAGACGAGUAGGUAGAAACCAAGUUCCAAGGAGACCCUGUGCGAGCAGGGGGGCUGCCAGCUCUCUCCAAAGGGAGGCCCAGCUCGCUUUGGGAAGUUCAGGUCAGCACCAAGCCCUCAGUGCUGGCUGCGCUUGCGGUACAGGUACGCAUUGCUCACCUGGUUCAUGAUAACCAGGCUGGUGACGAGGGGACACAGCAUGGCGAGGUACCACAAGGCACCGGUCACCGUGGUGGUGAACCAGAGGGAGCACAUGCCCAGCAUCAGGCUGGCACAGCCCAGCAGGUAGCCCACCAGCCCUGAGGUUGCGUGGUACAGCUUCAGCUUGGCCAGAGUCCAGUUCUUCAUCAGCUUGGGGUAGAGCAGGAGCACACCCCCGGCGCACUGCCCGCCGGCGUACAGCACGGCCAGCAGCCCCGUCAGCCCGUGCCAGGUCACAAAGUGGCCCUUGCCGUUCAGGUGCUUGUUGUAGGUAAUGAUUGCCAGCCCCAGGAGCGCGCAGAGCAGGGCGAGCAGCUGCAGGGCCCAGUGCACCCGCACUCGCACCUUGCGGGAGAAGGAGCGCAGCAGCGAGGUCUCCGGGGAGAAGAUCAGCAGCGCUUCCGUCAUCAGGAACGAGAACUGGGGGGCAGAGGGCAGCGCCAUUGGCACCGGAUAAACCGGGGCUGGGCACCCACCGCCCGGGGCUCAGCCUCCCGUCACCCGGGGGCUCCCGGGGCUCGGCACCCACCACCCAGGCACUCCGCCGGCAGCGGGCGGUGACCGGGCAGUGGCACUUACCGCGAGGGCCAUGAGCAGCGGGUGCCAGGAGAAGAGACCUGGAAGGGAAGCGCAGGGUGAGGUGAGCUGAGACAUCCGGCCCUCCCCGCGCCCCGGGCCCCGGCCCCGCCGGCACUCACUGGAUCCGGGCCGCGCCAGCACGGCCACGGCGGCGGGGAAUCCCAGUGCCACAAGGUGCGCGGCGGCGCCGGAGGCCACGCGCAGCGAGCGGUACAGACGGGACUCGGUUUCGGCCGUCAGGGCCAUGUUGGCCGGGCGGGCGGAACCGCCGCUGCCGACAUGGCCGGGCCGCGGCGCGGGCUCCGAUUGGCUGAGGCGAGCUGUCCGUCAGCGCUAAGGCCCGCGUCGCCGCGCUGCGCCGCCCUGAGUGGCGGGAAGUGCUGUCGCUCAGUGUGAGGGCCCGCCCCCCGCGCGGCCGUGACUCCGCGGCAGCGGCGCUACGGUGGCCGGCGGGGCUGGGCCGCUCGCGUCCCGCUAUGGGUGGCCGCAUCGAGUGCGUGUUCUUCAGCGAGUUCCACCCCACGCUCGGACCCAAAAUCACCUACCAGGUCCCCGAGGACUUCAUCUCCCGGGAGCUGUUUGACACCAUCCAGGUGUACGUGAUCACGAAGCCCGAGCUGCAGAACAAGCUGAUCACCGUGACGGCCAUGGAGAAGAAGCUGAUCGGCUGCCCCGUGUGCAUCGAGCACAAGAAGUACAGCAGGAACGCUCUGCUCUUCAACCUGGGCUUUGUGUGUGAUGCCAGAGCCAAGGCCUGCGCGCUGGAGCCCAUCGUGAAGAAGCUGGCUGGCUACCUCACCACCCUCGAGCUGGAAAGUGGAUUCAUCUCCAAUGAGGAGAGUAAACAGAAGCUGGUUCCCAUCAUGACCAUCCUGCUGGAGGAGCUGAAUGCCAAAGGGAAGUGCACCCUGCCCAUAGAUGAGUCCAACACCAUCCACCUGAAGGUGAUUGAGCAGCGCCCAGACCCCCCCAUCGUGCAGGAGUACGAUGUCCCUGUCUUCACCCAGGACAAGGAUGACUUCUUCAACUCCCAGUGGGAUCUCACCACGCAGCAGAUCCUGCCCUACAUCGAUGGAUUCCGGCACGUCCAGAAGAUCUCGGCCGAGGCCGACGUGGAGCUGAACUUGGUGCGCAUCGCCGUGCAGAACCUGCUGUACUACGGGGUCGUCACUCUCGUCUCCAUACUCCAGUACUCCAAUGUCUACUGCACCACACCCAAGGUCCAGGACCUGGUGGAUGACAAGUGCCUCCAGGAAGAGUGUCUGUCCUAUGUCACCAAACAAGGGCACAAGCGAGCCAGCCUCAGGGAUGUCUUCCAGCUGUACUGCGGGCUGAGCCCUGGCACCACCGUGCGAGACCUCAUCUCCCGCUACACCCUGCAGCUCCAAAGGGUGGAUGAGAGGAGGCUGAUCCAGUUUGGUUUGAUGAAGGGCCUGAUCCGGCGGCUGCAGAAAUACCCAGUCAAGGUGGCCCGGGACGAGCGCAGCCACCCCGCCCGGCUGUACACGGGCUGCCACAGCUACGACGAGAUCUGCUGCAAGACUGGCAUGAGUUACAAGGAGCUGGAUGAGCGCCUGGAGAACGACCCCAACAUCAUCGUGUGCUGGAAGUGACGCAGCCCUCUCUAGAGCUGUGUCCCCUCACGUGUGCCCGGUGUGUCCCCCGCUGUCCCCGCCACGUGUGCCCGCUGGCCGCGGCCGCUCCUCCGCGCCGCCAGGGGGCAGCACCGCCCGCCCCGCCCCGCGCUGCCGCCGGCCCGCCGCGAGUCCUCCCCGCCGCCAAGGGGCGCUGUCGGCGGCGCCGUUGCCACAGCGACGCGGACGCCAUGGCCGCCGUGCCCGGGCCGCUGCCGCCCGCCGAGGCCGAGGCGCUGGUGCGAGCCCUGCAGGGCUCCGAGCUGCGCGACAUCGGCGGGCAGGGGUGCGGGGACACGGCCGUGGGGUGUUUAUAGGGGGAGAACAUGAAAGAGGGACUUUAAAUGUGGGGAGUCCCCUUUGGGGCUGUGGGAGCACAGGAGGGAGCCCAGUUUGGGGCCUUCCCAGGGGUCACGGUGGGGGUAAGGAGGGGUUCCCAGAAGGUUUUGGGUAGGCAGGAGGAGUCCUGGUUUUGAGGUGGGGUGAGAGAAGGGUCUGCAAUUCUGGAGCGUUCCUGGAAGGACUGGGGGAGAUUGGAGGGCCCAGGGUGAGGAGGGGUCCCAGAUGUAGGUGUCUGUGAGGGUGGGGGUGAUGGAGGGGCUCCCCCUGGUUCUGUGGUGUCCCUGCUGACAGAGGGUGCUGUGGGGGCAGCAGGGCUGUCCGGGGAGCUGCAGCCUCCGGCUCAGGGCACACACAGCGUGGUUUCCCUGCCUAAGGGAGCCUCG